UAGGCAGGCAGAGGCAGAUGACUUUUAUAUAACCUAUAUUCAUCAGAAAAAUAUCAAAAAAAAAUUUUCAAUUAAAUGAAGAUAAUCGAAUUUUCAAUGUCACAGUAUUUCAUUUAAACAAUCAUGGAUAGAAGUAGCAGUUUCCCAUAUACCGCUGAAGAAAAUUAUUAUAAUAAUCCAGAUUUAAUCAGAAGAUUGCCAGUUCAUGAUGACGACGUACCUAAAACAACGCCAUAUCUAGAUUAUACUAGCUAUGCAGUACCCGAAGAAGUUAAAAUCAAGAGAUACAUAGGAUCAGGUGUAACAUUCAUAAGUUUAGUUGCAGAGAAUUUACUUAGCCAUCCAUUUGUAGUACUCAGAAGACAAUGCCAGGUGCAUCAAAAUGCACAAAAAUACCACUUACAACCUUUUACUUUACUACCUGUAAUGUGGCGAUUGUACCAGCACCAAGGAGUUACUACUCUUUGGAAGGGAGUAGGAUCAGUCUUACUAGUUAGGGGCAUGUCUUUGGGUGUUGAUGAUUUAAUUUCGAAGGUUACACCAUGGCCAAAAGAAAUCAGUUGGCACAGUAGCCUUAAACAAUUUUUUCAACAUACUUUAUUAAAAUCUGUUAGUUUAGCUAUAGUUACGCCAUUUUAUUCAGCUAGUUUUGUAGAAACGGUUCAAUCAGAGAUAGCCAGUGAGAAACCGGGUAUAUUAGAUGUAUUUAGAGAAGGUUUUAUGAGACUGUUACAUUGGGGGUCACCAUCAAAUGGACGCAUGUUACCAAUAUGGGCUUUAAUUGUUCCCACAAUUACUUUAGGUUUAGCUAAAUACAUGUUUUCUAGUAUAGUUAGAAGUAUUACUCUGAGAAUUUUAGCUGCAAAGCACAUUGCUAGGUAUGAGGAAAAUGGUGCUUUGCCUAAAGACCCUUAUAAUUCACCUGCCAUGCAUGAUAUCCAACUUACGGCUUCUAUAGUAGGGGCUAUAUCUAGUGAUAUUGUUUUUUAUCCAUUUGAAACUGUUAUACAUAGAAUCCAUCUACAAGGUACAAGGACUAUUAUUGACAACUUAGAUACAGGCAAGUCAGUGUUGCCAAUUUUAACAAACUAUUCUGGUGCACUUGAUUGUUAUGAAAGUUCUAUUAUAAACGAAGGUAUAAGUGGGUUAUAUAAAGGUUUUGGAGCCCUUAUUCUCCAAUAUACAGCCCAUGUUGCUUUAUUGAAAAUGUCUCAUUGGUUUUUGACGCAAAUAGGCAACCUUGUACAAACUCCAAAGAACAAACCAGUUGAGGAUGAUGCUCUUAAGAUUUCACCACCAGCUAUUUCUAAUUUCACUGCUUCCAGACGGUCCUACUUGCUGCCUUGAAAUUGUAGGCAUAGGAGUAGUUGGUCCUGGUGUGUUUUUUAAUUUUGUUAAAUCGAUAUAGGUAGAAAUCUAAAUUGCAAACUAACCUAAAGAAAAAAUAAAGAAUGAUUUUAAUAUAAUAGAACAAUUUUUAUUACUCUACAAAAUUAAGGUUCUUCAAAUUCUCUUUUUCUGAUUUUGUAAUGUCUAGGUUUAAUCCAGCAGCUUUUUUUAACUCUGACAUCUCAGAUUUCAUGAUGGUCUUCUAGUUUAACUUUAAAUUGGAUAAUUUGUUAUGAUAACUUUUCUUGUAUUAAAAAAAAAAUGAUUGUAUAAUAUUUUUACAAUCAUUAACAUCGUAGAGAACUUUAUUUUAUAAAAUAAUAAAAUAUUUUUUUUAACAUUACAAAUAAUUAAUGUUAAUUUCUAUAAUUUUACUUAUUUCAGGAUAUUGAAUUAUAUUUUUUUGUUAUAAAAAUCUAUUCAAUAUAAUUUUUAAAAAUAAUUUGUGGGAAAGGUUUUUAAACUUUAUAAUAAGGGCCUGUAUUGAAAAACUGUAAACAGAAGUUAGUUCAAAAUUUAGAACAUUUUUUUAUUUCACUUUUAUAAUAUGUACUUAUACACAAACCUUUACUAUAUUAAUAAUUAUUUUUCCGUCUGAUUUAUUUAAAUAUUGAUAAUUUAAUAAUUAUUUCAAUAUAGAGAAAAAUUAAAUUUUUUAGUCAAAUUCAUCUAUCUGUUAACUCUAAAAAUAUUAGUUUUUUAACAAGGAACUAGAAUUUUAACACAGUUCUGCUAUACUCUACCAACCGGUUGCAGUAUUAGACAGCAGUGAAUGUGUUGAAGGAAAAAAUUCAAUCUAAAAAAUAACAGUAUUGUUUUUUUAUAUUUAAAGUUAUUUAGAAAAAUAAAUGGUUUAGUCCUUUAAUAACACUUGGAAAGCUGUAAGUACGUGAAAGCUUGAUGUUUGGGAAGUUUAUAUGAUAAUUUUAACACUGUAUAUUCUAGUCUCUUCCUUCGUUCAAUGAAAAAGGCAGUAAAUUAUAUUCUUAUGUAAAUAAUUACUAUAAGAUAGAAAUAUGUAGGCUAUUUAUAACUUAUAAAUAAUUGAUUGUUAUAAAAUAU